UUAUCCACAUAAGUCAUGAAAUCCCCUUCUCUUCCCCCUCAAACCUCCUCGUCCACCAUAUGCUUCUUGUCUUCCUUAUCUUUUGACAACCGAAAGUUCUUGAAAUCCCAAGUAAAAGAAAUAACAAACUCCGUUGAAGGAAGAAGAGAAGCAGCUUUGUUGCAUUCUCUUUAGCUACAAAUGGCUUCAAUUUCUCUCCACUCAAAUCACACUCUUCCUUCCUUACUGCAUGCUCAAACCCCAAAACCCACAUUCCCUCAGAAUCUUUCACUGCUCGCAAAGUCUUCCCAAUCUCAAUUUCAUGGCGUCAAGCUCUCCAAUUCAUCCCAUCUCGCAAUCCCUUCUUCUGUUUCUGUGAGAAGUUCCAUUGUUGCCAAGGUAACAGAAGGGACUGUGCCACCAGCAUUUACAUUGAAAGAUCAAAAUGGGAGGCCUGUGAACCUUUCUAAAUUCAAAGGCAAGCCUGUGGUGGUUUAUUUCUACCCUGCUGAUGAGACCCCUGGUUGCACCAAACAGGCAUGUGCCUUCAGGGACUCUUAUGAAAAAUUCAAGAAAGCAGGAGCUGAGGUUAUCGGCAUCAGUGGGGACGGUACGGAAUCCCACAAGGCCUUUGCUCAAAAGUAUAAACUUCCAUUUACGCUGCUUAGUGAUGAGGGUAACAAGGUUAGAAAAGAGUGGGGCGUCCCAUCAGACCUAUUUGGUGCAUUACCCGGAAGGCAGACUUAUGUUCUCGACAAGAAUGGCGUUUGUCGACUUGUAUACAACAAUCAGUUCCAACCCGAAAAGCAUAUCGAUGAAACCUUGAAGUUUCUCAAGAGUGUUUGAAAGCGACCUGUAUCUAACUUCCACAUUUGCUUUUUAUCCCCAUACCGUGGAAUUUAUACUUCCAAGUGAAUAUGUUUCAUAGAGAAUAUGCUCUAGCACCAUUACAGUUGUUAGCUAAGGAUUAAACUUCCAUUUCAGAGAUCAUGAAAACGGGAUGGAUGGCUUUCGCUGUACGUAGUUGCUUAAAUAUUUUUCUGAUAUGCAAGUGUUAAUUAUUAGCCUUA